AUGGGACCACUAACGGAAUCACCAAAUCGUCAAAUAUGUCAGACCAUCCUCUUCAUCCAAGAAGUUUUUUUGCUUAUCACAGAUACCAACUAUCAAACUCUUCAAAUAGUUUUGAUAUCACAUACCGCAACUAUGUAUCAAAUACUAGCCGACGAGAUGAUGUCUCUAGAUGAACCGGGUGAUGAAAACCACUAUGAAUACAUCAAAGACAAACUGCAAAUACUCAUCAAACGCCACACCCUGACUCUGGACACCAUAAGAAACCUUCAAGCUCUAUACAGUUUACCAAUGGGUGUAAAUUUCGGUCUCAACACCGUUUGCAUUGCCUUGUUUUUCUAUCUACCUACAGAAGAGUGGAUAGAUUUCUUUCCCUUUCUAAUAUACUGCUUUUUGGUCUUCUUCUUAUAUUGCUAUCUUUGUCAGAAGCUGAUAGAUGCUUCUGAGUUGUUUGAACGGUCUGUUUAUGCCUGUGGCUGGGAGACGUUCGCAACGAAGGAAAGGAAAGUUGUCUAUAUAAUGUUGAUGCAAGCGCAGAAACCAAUACAACUUUUGGCGGCCGACAUUGUUCCAGUUAAUAUAUACACAUUUGCUACGACGAUCCAGGUGUUGUACAAAAUGAUCACAGUUGUAAAAUUUUAG